AUGUGGAACCAAAAGGCAACAGCAGCAACAAGUGAUAAUAACAAGGAAAAGGCACCAACAACAACCACCACAACAGCAGCGGACGAUUCAACAACCCAAAGUGCCGCAACAAUUGAAAAUAACAGUAAACAAAUAACAGCAACAACAACAAACACAACAUCAUCAUUUGGCGGCAGAAGUAACGAGAGCAGCAGCAGCGAAAAAAAAGAAUUAGCAGCACAAAGCGAAACAACUGAUUCUGGUUUCAUCUCUGGUCCGCAAUCAACGCAAAUCUUUAGUGAGGAAAUAUUCGAAGAUAACGACGAAAAGUCGUCAUCGGACAAGGGCCAACAAAAACCAGAGCAACAGCAACAACAACAAUUGGGUAAAGAUAAGAAGCCAGCAACGGCAACAGUGUCGGAUUCGGGUUUUCUAACCGAGGAAAUUGAAGUCUCUGGAGAGCAGCAGACAGAGCAAGAGCAGGAACAGGAGACGGAAAUGCGCCUCAAAUACAAUGUCGACAAGGGCACCAAGCAAUGGACGGUACAAUCGAGCCUGGCCAGCGACGAGCCUAUUAACAAUCUCAAUUCAGCCACAACAACUGCCAAUAAUCCCCCCAGCAGCAACAAUACAACAACAACUGGACGCAACAAGAAUGCAGCACAGACAACAACAAAUGUUGGACUCAAUAAUAGCAACAUCAUGAACGCAUGGGAGCAAUUCUUUCAACAGAACGACGAUGGCGACACUCCAUUGCAUUUGGCCUGCAUCUCUGGCUAUAUGGAUGUGGUUGAAGCCUUGAUUCGCAUGGCACCGCAUCCAUGCCUCUUGAAUAUCCAAAACGAUGUAGCACAGACUCCACUGCAUUUGGCUGCUCUAACCGCACAGCCAACAAUUCUGCGCAGGCUUCUUCUGGCUGGCGCCGAGCCCACAGUACGUGAUCGACAUGGCAAUACAGCCCUCCAUCUAUCCACAAUCGCGGGCGAGAAGCAAUGUGUGCGCGCUUUGACCGAGAAAUUUGGCGCUAGUGAGAUUCAGGAGGCGCAUCGUCACUAUGGCUACCUCUCAAACGAUAAGGCAGUCAGUUCGCUGAGCUAUGCCCGCCUGCCCGCCGAUCUGGAGAUGCGCAAUUAUGAUGGUGAACGUUGCGUACAUUUGGCCGCUGAGGGUGGACACAUUGAUAUUUUGCGCAUUUUAGUAUCACACGGAGCCGACAUUAAUGCCAGGGAGGGAAAAGGUGGACGCACACCACUGCACAUUGCUAUCGAGUACUGCAAUGAGGAUCUGGCCAACUUUUUGCUGGAUGAGUGCGAGAAACUGAACCUAGAGACAGCCACAUAUGCCGGACUAACGGCAUAUCAAGUCGCAAGCGUAUUGAAUAAGUCACGUAUGCAGAACAUACUCAAGAACCGCGGUGCUGAGACAUUAACGCCGCCCGAUAGUGAUUGUGACAGUAGCGAUAUUGAAGAUUUAGACGAUACGAAGAUGUACGAUCGUUUUGGUGAUCCGCGCUACUUUGUCAGCUAUAGUGGCGGUAAUCCUAUGACAGUGGCUUAGAAAAGUAUGGACAUGUAUUUAAUUCAAAUGAUUCCGAAUGGUCAGCCGAAAAUCCAAUAUUCCGACAUGCAACAACAAAACGAAGCUGAACAAAUGAACAAACCCGAUUAAUGCAGCGAAAAGCACCCGAUUUCGAAAUGAAAUACAUAAGGUUUAUUACAAUAUAAAAGUAUGUGUCACAUAAAUAAAAACAUAAUGAAAUACACAUAAUAGAAA